UACGUCAUUCUGAAGUAUCUAGAACACUUUACGAUACUGUUGACAACUGGGGUUGUCGUGUCUUAUCUGCUGUUGGAAUUGUGUUUAGUUAUGAUUUAUUUUUAAAACUAAAGCUGGAGUUAAAUGAGUGUUUUUGACUUAUUUCGUGGGUUCUUCGGAGUACCUGGAGGCCAUUAUCGUGGCCGAAGGGACCCCUUCUUCGAUGCUAUGACUCAUGACGACGACGAUGAUGAUGAAGAAGAUGGAUACAAUGAUGGCUUCCGAGGGGACCAGCAGGACCCCUUCGACAGUGCCUUGAGGUUUGGCUUCAGCGUGGGCCCCGACGGGAUGAGGAUCCAGGAGCCCCCCAUGUUCGGCCAGGUCCUCAGGGAGAUGGAGGAGAUAUUCUCCCAGCUGGGCGGCUGGGACGGGCAGCCGGGCUCUGGACACUUUGGUGUUCCCAGAAUCCUGCCGCCAUCACCACCUCAGGACAGAGCUGAAAGAGGUGCGGGGGGGUUUGGUGGGAACCCCCUGAGAGACUUCAUGCUCAGAUCUCCCAACAAAGAGCCACAGGGACCCCAAACUGAGCCCAGACACGAUGGCCAUCCUUCUUAUGAUUCACCAGAAUUCCCAAGCUCGCAAUUUCAUGGCUGGACCCCUUUUUCAAAGGUGAUUUAAGAUACACUGAACAAAAAUAUAAACGCAAUACUUUUGUUUUUGCUCCCAUUUUUCAUG